GUUCAGGACGAAAUGAAUUGACGCAACGAGCUUGCAAGACAAGUAUAACGGUGGAUACAACACCUGGAGGGAGAAGCAGUGUACAAUACAAUGUAAAUUAAUCAUUCAGAUACAUAAUCAGGCUCCGUAUGUUCUCCGGUGAUGCUGUGUUUGGGGGUAAAUGCAGUGAGGUCGUCGGUAUCUUUACAGAAGGUAAGCUAACGCUGUGCAUCCUGUCCCUGCUGCACAUGAGACAUCGUUUCUAUCAUUGCCCUCAGCAGUUAUGGAGGAGAGGUCUGUACAUAGGGACCACUCGCUGCCUCUCUACUGGACCACAUUCACCUCCUCCUCCUCCCACGCUGACUGACUCCCCUGAGUGCACUGAACCAGGACCCAACCGCAGUACCUCUGCUUGGUCUCCUGACCAGGGUCCACCGCCUGCUCCCACGUAUUGCUGCAUGAGUGGCUGUCACAACUGUGUGUGGAUCGAACAUGCGGAGCAGCUGUUGGAGUAUUACCACGACGGAGGCGACCGGGCGCUCGCCGCUGUUGAGGAGAACGUCCUCGACGAGAACCUUAAAACCUACUUAAAGAUGGAGAUUAGACUGUUGAAAAAGACAUGACUGAUGUAUUUACUGCCAGUGGCCUCGAGUGUAAGCACUUUAUAACACACUCCACAUUUUCACUUCCGUCUCCUUUGGUUGUACAUUUCAUAUCUGCAGAAAAUUUCAGAAAAUCAACAUGAGCUUCUUUUAUGAUGGAAGCUUUGCCCAUGAUUCCUAUCAGUAUGAUUAUCUGACUGAUCCUGGUUCUUGACCAGUUAGACCUCUUUUCAGAUCUCAGCAAUUAACUUCCUGAGUACAACAUGAUUAUUACUAAAAAGGGGGCAGACAAUGCUGGAGCUCCGGAGCUCCUUUCACUCCUGUUUCAACACAGUGUUGGAGUUUGUAUCUAAUGAAGAAUACCAUGUGAUAGGUGACGUUUUAAGCUUCAGAAAGAGCUUCAUUCAGUUUGACAGUUUGGAAAGUUUUGUGAUCUAAUGUGAUGGACAUUAGUGUGAUAAGAGAAGGAGAAUAAUUAAGAAACAUGGUGAUGCACACAGUGACACUGAGGCUGAACUACACCAAUAAGUUAUUAUUUAUAUAUUUAAUAUAUAGAGAGAUUUUGUGUCAACAGAAGUAUUUUAUAUUUAGGCUUUGUGGAAAUUUAUUAUUAAUUAUUUUAUUGUAGCUUAUUGCCUCAAAACAAAAGUACAAAAGUAUUACAGAUUUGACCCAUUAAUGUCCACAGUGGAAUUUUAUGAUUUCCUAGGAGAAUGUAGGGCAGGUCGUCCACUAAUCAGAAGCUCAUUGGUUCAAUCCCUGGCUCCUCUAUUCCACAUGUCGAUGUGUUCUUGGGCCUAAGGUGUGUGAGUGUGUGUGAUAGAGAAGCGCUGUGUGAAUGGGUGAAUGUGGCUUGUAGUGUAAAGUGCUUUGAGAGGUCGAUAAGACUGGAGUCUUGAGGAGCCACUGUAGGUUUUGUGAAGCAGCUGCUUUGUUUGAAGCUUUGAAAAUUUUUUUCUGCACAAAUAGAAACUGAGCUUCAAAGCUUUAUAAGACUACAAUCACCCAUCAUUUAUUAUGAGAGUGAUAUGAACAAUGCCAAAAAAAUCCCUAAAUUUCAUCCUAAAAUGUUACCAUCAAACUCAACCUGUUCCACUCCAGGAUUGAAUGAGUUAGUCUUUGUUUUAGUUCAUAAGGAGCAUGGAGUGUUUGUUUCUGAAAGUGUGGCGUUAGUACAGUAUGUGUGAUUUAGAAUUAACGUGUCAGCACAUGUCAUGUCAGAAAAAAUUCGCUUAACUAUAAUUCACUGUUUAACUGUCAUGUUCCUUUAUUCAUGAAGCACACUUGCAAAGAUCUGUGAUUUAUCAGUUGAAGUUUGAACUGAUAUGUUAAAAGUAUAUUUUGUAAGUGUUUACAGAUCAUUUACUUUGUUAUAUUUAAAGCAUAUUUAAAUUGUGUAUUUUAAAAUUAUUUUCAGGAUGUUUGUUAAAUAAAUUUUCUUUCAAAGA